GUUCUGAAUAUCACAAUGCCCUGCCCAUCGAUCUGAUCACAUGACCCUGUCUGUUCCGCCCCCCUCCGGAGAGGUAAGCGGCGGCUUCAGAACUUCCUGUCAGGCUCGGCGGCCUUGGAGGCGGCUCUGUCCCGCAUAGCAAUAAUGGCCUCGAACUCCACACCAAAGUAUAAUUCAAACUCGUUAGAAAAUUCUCUCCGAAGGUCUCCAGGAGAUGGUAUGAACCAUGAACAAAACGAUGAAAUACCAUGUCUGCCAGGAGAGGCCUUAAUUACAGACAAAGAUGUAAUCUACAUGUGCCCAUUUUAUGGUCCUGUCAAGGGGAGAAUACAUGUUACAAACUAUAAACUGUACUUCAAAGGUGAGGAGAUGGAGCCAUUGAUAUCUUUCUCUGUUCCACUUGGUGUCAUUGCGCGGAUAGAAAAGAUGGGGGGUGCAUCAAGUAGAGGAGAAAAUUCAUAUGGUCUUGACAUAACGUGCAAAGAUAUGAGGAAUUUGAGAUUUGCUCUUAAACAAGAAGUUCACAGUAGAAAACAGAUAUUUGAAGACCUUACAAAAUAUGCCUUUCCCCUGUCACAUGGAUUGCUUCUUUUUGCCUUUCAAAACGAGGAGAAAUUUCCAGAGAAUGGCUGGGCAGUGUAUGAUGCAAUGACUGAGUUCCGCAGACAGGGUUUGCCUAAUGGCCAGUGGAGAAUAACAUUCAUUAAUAAGAAUUAUGAGCUUUGUGACACCUAUCCGCCUCUCUUGGUGGUGCCGUACAGUGCUUCUGAAGAGGAUCUUAAAAAAGUUGCUGCUUUCAGGUCCAGGAACAGGAUUCCGGUUUUGUCUUGGCUGCAUCCAGAGAAUCAGUCUGCUAUUAUGCGUUGCAGCCAGCCUCUUGUGGGUAUGAGUGGCAAACGUAAUAAGGAUGAUGAGAGGUAUCUGGAUAUUAUCAGGGAUACAAAUGGCCAGACAUCCAAGUUGACGAUCUACGAUGCCAGGCCUAAUGUUAAUGCAGUAGCAAAUAAGGCCACUGGAGGAGGCUAUGAGAGCGAGGAUGCGUAUCCUAAUGCAGAACUAGUUUUCCUUGAUAUUCAUAACAUCCACGUCAUGAGGGAGUCCCUAAAAAAACUAAAAGAUAUUGUCUACCCAAAUGUAGAGGAAUCUCACUGGCUUUCCAGUUUAGAAUCAACUCACUGGUUAGAACAUAUUAAGCUUGUCUUGACAGGUGCAAUCCAGGUGGCAGAUAAAGUGGCUUCAGGGAAAAGUUCUGUUGUUGUGCACUGCAGUGAUGGGUGGGAUAGGACAGCACAACUAACAUCACUCGCCAUGCUGAUGUUGGACAGCUACUACAGAACUAUUGUUGGCUUUGAAGUUCUGGUGCAGAAGGAGUGGAUUAGUUUUGGACACAAAUUUUCAUCGAGAAUAGGACAUGGCGAUAAGAAUCAUGCUGAUGCCGACAGAUCUCCUAUCUUCCUGCAGUUUAUUGAUUGUGUUUGGCAGAUGUCAAAGCAGUUUCCAACAGCGUUUGAAUUCAAUGAGCAUUUUUUGAUCACAGUAUUGGAUCACCUUUAUAGCUGCCGGUUUGGAACAUUCUUGUAUAAUUGUGAAAACAUCAGAGAUAAAGAAAAAGUGAGAGAAAAAACACAGUCUUUGUGGUCAUUGAUAAGCAGUGAAAAAUCAAAAUACACAAAUCCUUUCUACACCAAGGAACUGAAUCGAGUAUUAUAUCCUGUUGCUAGUAUGCGUCACCUGGAACUUUGGGUGAAUUACUAUAUUAGAUGGAAUCCAAGAAUCAGGCAGCAACCAAACCCUGUGGAACAGCGUUACAUGGAGUUGCUAGCUCUGAGAGAUGACUAUGUCAGAAGACUUGAGGAGCUCCAAAUCACUAAUUCACCAAAGAUGAACAGCUCCACCACCUCGCCUUCUUCCCCAUCACAGAUUAUGCCACAAGUGCAUACACCAUUUUGAUCCAAGUCCUGUGUCCUUUAUAUUGUAAAGUCACUAUUUUUAUGAAAGGCCAUUUUGAAUGAUUCCUUUUUUUUCCACUGAAUUUUGUUUCUCCUGGUUGAAAUGAAAUGUGCCUUCUUAAGAGUAUUGUAUUAACAUUUGGGAAUAUCUGCUUUUUUUUCUUUUAAUAAUGACCUUUUGAAGAACAAGAUGUAGGAAGGAUGCCAUGGUUUUGCACCCAAUCAUGUUGGACAUCAGAUUUGGUGGAACAUAGCUUGUAUUAAUUGCUUGCAUUUUCAAUGUCAAGGAAAGGUCCAUGUCCAGUGAACAGAUUGGAUUCACUUCUGCCAGCUGCUUUAAUAUUUUCAUUCCCAUGUCACAUGCCUAUGUACAAAAUAGCAGUUUCUCCAGGAGUAGAAGACCUGGGUUGUGUUGUACUUGAUAUUAUGGAUUACAUCUCUUGUGCUGGUCACACAGAGCACCUAAUGUGCAGUGUCUUUUUUCUUUUAAUUUCCUGGUUGACAUUUUGGAUGUGAUGAAGCCACCUGUAGAGCAAUUACAUCAUGUAAAUGUGUUGAAAACACUGCACUUUCUGUCUUUUGGGUAGAGGAGGUUGUAAAGAUGGACUUUAGUGACACAUUUUCACUCAUACAGACUGAGUGAAUGGCCACACUGUUAAAUAAAUGGCGUGUCAUCUGGUCAGUGUGGUUCAUGCUUGACGACCCUGAACCAGAACAAAUGUAGCUAACAAAUGGUUUAUGAUGUAAUAUAGAAGUAGAAAACACUGCAUUGUAUGUGCAGAUGCUUGUGCCCGGCUUGCACUAAGGUUUUAUGGAGAUGCAAAUCAUAUUUAGUGUUGGAGUUGCCUGUAUAUUCUUUUAUACCAAUAUUUGCAUAAAUUAUGUCAUAAGCGUAAAUUUUGGCCUCAGACUUGAUGCUUCAGUGCAGUGCUUAGAAUAUAUGGAAGGUGAUACAUUUUUUUGCUUUUGAAUGACUUCUGACACAAAUCUGAUUUUUAAACCACCUGGUGUCCAUAGCCCAUUCAUUUUAAUACUUAAUGUGAUUAAACAUUUGAAUGAAGACAGCUGUAAGACUAAGACCGCCUACGCUUUUUUAACCUCCUCAGCCAUUGCUGGGACAUAUCACCCAUAGCAGGUGGAGGUGCAGACGUCCGUAAUCCCUUGCCUUAUUGUCUUUAUGUCUUGGUGUUUAGUGGACAACUCAGAGACAAGUAACAGAGCAUAUGUGCCUUUGUACGGAUGCUUGAGCCCCAUGUAUGUUUCAUCUGUUAGUCAUUAAAAAUAGUACUUAUCUUCAGGGAGCAUAAGACAUCAUAUUUCAUUCUAAAAACAAACAAACCCCAGAGAUACAUUAUUCAUCUUUUUCUGCAGUUGUGUAUGACCACAUAGGAAAAAAAUCCAAAGGGUUGAAAGGAUAUGCCAAGCAAUGCAACAGACAUUCUUCAUGGAGCAGUGUCUUAUUUUGGUGUCCCUCAGACUGUGUAUAACACCAGCUAUAAAAACUAGUGCUAAUGCUACUGUUGUUGGUAAAAGCCAAAGCUUUGCUUUGGAACAUUUAAUACUUUAGAUGGCAAUGGAUCUGGAGCCUAGAGGUUUGAAUAUUAUAUAGAAAGACAACCAAAUGAUUUCCUGCUUCACACUAUUCAGCAGCAGUUUGUAUGUUUAAAGCUGACCUAUAGUCAAUGAGCAGCAUCAUAGGUGCAUUUUGUGAUGAUCUACAGUGACAUGUUUAUAUAGCAUUAAACCAUACAGUUUUAUAUUGCCUUUUUCCUAUAUGAACUGCUUGCUGACGCUUGGAUCUCUUGUUGCAGGCUAAUUGUAUAAGGUGCUCAGUUGUUUUGGCACUGUUGAGGAAGGGUCAAAAUGCCCCAAAUGACCCUUUCUUUGUGUUUGUGGUAAUCGCCAUUAGGUGCUUUUAGGCAGUUUUAGCUUGAAAACCCUAGACUUUGAACAUUUAAGAAUAACCCGACAAACACUUGCACAAGUGAUCUGACCAUUGUCCCUACAGGUGAAUUUUACUUCUGUGUGCCAUUGACCUAAAAAGGCUAUUUAAAUACUCUUAAUUUACUUUAGACAUAAGCAAUUACUUAGCUAAGUACAUAUCUUUGACAUAACAUUGUAAUUACUGACAUUAUAAAAUGAACAUUGAUUAAAAUCAUACAAUUAUCUGAUUAUCUCUUUUUAUGUAUUCUCAAUGCAUAUAACAGGUAUACUUGCUUGCAAAACACAGUGCAAUGAAUCCCCACCUACCAGAAUAUUCUAAAAUACUCAGUGUGCCUGGACUGGCAGUCUAUGGAUUCUGGCAUUUCAAAAUUUCACCCAAGUAGAUUUCUUUGUGUUAGUUCAUGUUCUUGCACAAGUAACUUUAGACAUUUUUAUUAAGAAAAUUAAUUCUAAGCACUUCUAGUAAUAGAUUUAGCCUAGUACAAUUUCAUUUUUUCAACAGGUUUUUUUUAAAUAAAUACCAUUUGAAGACGUGUUCUAGCCCUACAGGACAAACCAAAAUAAGGCAAGCGGACGACAUUUAGUAUACAGAGCUCUAUGUGCGCGUUCUUGUUGAAACUGGAAGUCACUUUAUGCAGCAUUUCCAGUGAAGAUUUAUAGCAUCGGCGUAUCUAGUAACUUUCUUUUUUCUUGUUUAUUGCACUUGGGGUCAGGGAAGAAUGCUGGAAGCCGCGUUUAGUGAUAUAACAUCCACACUGAGGGAGGCAGAGCACUGGCAAACUUUUGCUUUGCCGGCUGAGCUUAGAAUGUACUGAGCGGCUUCCUGUGUGAGAAGUGUUCGUGUAUGCAGCUGUAGGAAAGUAAUGCACAACUUUUACGCACUGGCAUUUGUUAGAGGGGCAGUACAUGGGGCUGCAAGUAGACAACAUGAGCGGGCAUGAAGGGAAUCAAGGGAAGUAAUAUGGCGAUGGGGGCCCUUUCAAAUUGCAGCAAUGUCACAUGCCCCCAUUGACUGACAAACUAUACAACAUCAUAAAUAGAAGGUGUGGGAUAUGUUGACUUUAUGGGCAGGGUGUUUUGAAAAGGUGUUACUGUCCCUUUAACUUAUACAGAGGUGUUUUAGCCAACUUUUCUGGUGGUAGUAUGAAUAUAGCUAGGCAGAGGUGCUGGUAAUUUUUGUUGGCUCUGUUUGGGGGAGUCUUAUAUAUGGCUUUUUUUUGAAUAGCCAUGCCCCAGUGCAGCUAGUGUAUGAUAUCUUUUUUUAGUGAGACUUUUACCAAAGCCAGUAGGAGCCCUUUCUUUGGUAAUAAGGUUACGUCCAGGUCUUAUCUAUAAAUGCUCGUUGAUUUUUUUAUUUUAGGGGAUUUCUGAUCAAGAUAUUUAACUGCUUUUUUCUUGGGUGUUAGGCUUAAGGUGAAUUCAAGGCCUUUUACAGUAAGAUUUCCCUGUAAUUUUGAUGGAUGUUAAAACUGUGCCAUUACUAAGGAAAAUUACAUCACUAGCUUUUUUUAUUAAAUGAUGGUUAAGUAUGUUUAAACCAUAACCUGCAUCUGUAAAAUGUAGCCAAAAUCUAAAUCUUUCAGAAGUUCUUCCUGCUAAUGAUAAAUCCUAUAAAUCCUGGUGUCAUUUUUGUUUAGAAUAACUUUUAAGAGGUCAUUCAUGCUGUUAACUUACAAUAUGUUCCCCUUAGUUGUAUUUCACUGAAAGUUUUGAAGGGAUUGUUGAGAUUUUAUUUUGUAAAUUAUUGUAAACAUAACAGUUUAGAGAGUAACACAGUGCUUUAUGUUAUAAUGCCAUAGUCUGUUGUAAAGUUGGCAUAUACAGCUUUUUGUAUAUAAUGUCUGUAUUCAUUCAUAAAACACAGUUGCAGAAUACUGUGGAAAGCAAUAGACUGAUCAAACAGUAUUUUUGAAGCCAGAACAAAAUGUAAGUAGAUUACUGUGGUUUUUUUUGUUGCACAGCUUUGUGAUUAUUGUAUGUAAAACUUAUCAACGCUCUUUCGCUGCUAGAGAUGCUUCAGUCUUAAAUAAUAGGCCCCAAGACAGCAAAUAGUCUGACUACAAAAGUAUUAAAGCAAUUCUGACAUGUUCCAAUGAAAAUUCAUAGGAACGUGUCAGUAUUAGUAAAGAAAUGCAGCACGAAAAUCUUGCUGCCCCCCAGCCUUGCAUGCCUGACAAAGUGGCAGGAGAGCCUUUAGCCAUGUCAGCUUUGGUAAGUACCGCUGGGGGCAACUUUGGAGAACUUUUGGCUACAAAGAUUUUCCUGCCCCAACUUUUUACUGAUAUUGACACGUUUCUAUAGAUUUUCAUAGGAACAUGUCAGAAUUGCUUUAAAGGACAAGGAAAGCCCACUGAAAAUGUCUUUCUAUAUAAAAAGACUUACUUCGGCAGCGCUCUGUAAUCCCCUCCAACAGCAAUCUUUUUCAAGCAGCACUGUUUUUUUGAGAAGAAAAACGCUGACUUGUGUCUGUUACGAACCUCCCAUGCAGCUGCGGAUUUAGAUAAGACCAAGACCAGUGAUUCUGCGCAGUAGUGUCUUCCAGGGAAGCAGAACGGAUUGAGUGGUAGAGUAGAAGAAAUAACUAACCUCACAAAUGUCCGCCAAUAGCAACCUUCGCAUCUGGUUGCCACGCUGAUUCCAAUACAGAGCUAAAACACAUAAGAGAGAGUGGGAUAGACUGGUGCAUAAAUUAUGGCAGCGUGAAAAGGACUAGAGGAGACUAUCACAAAUCUGCUGGAUGUAAGUGAAGAAGGUGCUCUUGACAGAUACAAACUUAGCUAUUAUUUGCAGGAAAGGGGUCUGUAUCUGACUGGCAAAACUAUUAAUAUGGGCUUUCCUUGUCCUUUAAUACUUUUGUGUCAGAACCUGCAGUCACACAGAUGCUUUGGGGGGGAGGCAUUAAUAGUUGGAUAAAUUCAUUAAGUUCCCUUCAUAUUUGGGCUAUAUUUAUUUUGCAGCUGUAUAAUGUGUUUAUUUUUUUAAUCAAAGGCAAAAGUGCCUUAAAAUUAAGGAAAAAAAACUCAGUUCUAAAGGAAUAUAUCUUUAAAAGGCUGUAGCACUAUGUAAAGUGGAUAAAUACAAUAAAAAAGUAAGUAGUAAAUAUUCUAUUUUACUAAAAUAUUUUCACAGCAUUGGGUACAGCACAUUAUACAUGUAGAGUAGAAAUGGCUGAACAGAAUUGUCCUUUCUUAUGGAGUACAUACUUUGUAUAACAUAUCCAACAACAAUUGUCUAGAAAUUAUUUUGUGAAAAAUGAUGUAUACUGCUUUUGUUUGAAAAUAUAAAUAAAACAUAAUGGUAAACUGAAAUAAAACUGUAAAUACUA